GUUAUUGAUUUGGUUCAGUAAGUGGUACGCUUGCGGCCGGAAACCACUAGAGGCCGCUGUGCGCCAAAUGAUAAUUGCGACAGUGGCUUCUUCUUGACGGCUGAUGGUGACAUGUCAACAACAAACAUGGCUACCAGCAGCAACUGCUGGGAAGAUUUGCGUAAACAGGCCAGACAGCUGGAGAAUGAGCUGGACCUCAAGCUGGUCUCUUUCAGUAAACUCUGCACCAGCUACAGCAGCAGCAGCUACCGGGACAAGCGGACAAGAGACAGCAGCUCUGAUUCUGUUGGCUCGCCUCAAGACAAUAUGCUCGUGGCCAUGACUACUGAGCUGGAGCAGCUAUUGGCCAAUCUUACAGCAGUCAAUGACAAAAUGGCAGAAUACACAAACGCUCCAGGAGCUUCAUCUCAUAACGCAGCAUUGAUGCACACCUUACAGAGACACAGAGACAUCUUACAGGACUAUACUCAUGAGUUCCACAAAACCAAAAGCAACUUCUUCAGCCUGCGAGAGCGAGAGGACCUACUAGGCUCUGUUCACAGAGACAUUGAGUCCUACAAAAGCAGCUCAGGAGUGAAUAACAGAAGGACUGAGCUCUUUCUGAAGGAACAUGAACAUCUCAGAAACUCAGAUAGUCUUAUUGACAAUGCAAUAAGCAUCGCCAUGGCUACCAAAGAGAACAUCACAUUUCAGCGUGGGAUGCUGAAGUCCAUUCAAACCAGGGUCACAACUCUGGCCAAUCGUUUCCCCGCCAUCAACAGUCUCAUCCAGAAAAUCAAUUUGCGCAAGAGGCGGGACUCUUUAAUUCUAGGCGGGGUGAUUGGCGUCUGCACCAUACUCCUGUUGCUCUACACUUUCCACUGAUGCACUGGUCAACUGACUGACUAUUAAAAAAAUAUUCAUUGUAUUCUUUUUUUUUAAUGUUUUCAUAUGUUGUAAUUUACUCUCCUUACAGUUUAAAGAGUCAAGAAAGGAUUUAAUUUAAAAGAAACAUACUUCACAUUAAAUAAAGUCUUAAUUGAAAGUGAAAGGGUUUCAACUCUCAGAUUGGAGAGUUUAUUUAUUUUCUGGAUUAUGAUAACAUUUACAUCUUGGAAUUUCUAUGGAAUUUAUAUAUUGCUGCUUAUAUCCUGUUGUAAUUUUAACUCUUAAUAAAUGUAUGAAGUAAUGUUUUA